AUGAGUAGCAAAAAUAGUGCGGAGGGGUUGGUUUUUGAAUUUUCAAAAGACGAUUUCUGGUUCGGUAGGCCAAAUUUGAUCGGCAACCUGGUUCACACCCUGCUAUUUUUGAACUCUUUGGAGCUUGCUUUCUUCUUCUUUAUAUUGUUCCAAUAUGGUUUUCACUCCUGCAUUAUGGGAAAGGUUGGUUUUGUUGUCCCAAGAAUAGUCAUGGGAGUAUUCGUCCAGGUCUUGUGCAUGUCCAGAAUAUUACCACUAUACGCAAUUAUCAAAUCCAGGGUGCAUUUGAAGGAGAAGCAAUCGGACAAACAAAAAAAAAUACGGUUGAAGGAGAAUGGAAUGGACGAAGAGGAAGAAAUGUGGAUCGUGAUUUCAAAGUGGAUUGAUAAAGGAAAGAAGCCAAGUUCAACAGAGGAGGCCACAAAUAUUGAAUCGACCCGAACGGAUUCGACAGAGGGAUCUGUUGGAGUUGAGAUAACAGAAUCCGGUCACAUGAAUUCAACCGGAGACAUUGAAGCACAAAAUAGACAACCAAGCUUGCACCAACACUGA